AUGCUCGAAGCCAACGGAGGCUCGGACGGAACAUAUCUCCGUCACAGUAAAUAUGGGGUGACGUUUGUCGUCCAACCAGAAGAAAGAUGUCAGAUGAAGGUUUCCAGGCAAAUCGGUUGGACAAGGUAUCGCCACGUGGACUACACCGAGUGGAAUGCUGACGAUGCGUACGCCACGGAGGCGACCGACGUGGAGGGGGAGGCGAGGGAAGGCCCUGGGGUUGGCGAAGAGCGAGUGCUGCAGCGUCUGGUGGAGAGGCUGGAAAGCACUCCCCUGACCGCAUCCCCGCGCCACGUGUCCAGGGCAGUGCGCAGCGCGGGGGUGCGCCUCUCGCUGGAAAGCACUCCCCUGACCGCCUCCCCGCGCCACGUGUCCAGAGCAGUGCGCAGCGCGGGGGUGCGCCUCUCCGCCCGCCGUGUGGCGUUGGCAGCGCGGCUGCUCGCCAGCAGAGGCAGCUGGCGCAGGGCGCUGCUGCUCGUGCACUGGGCCGCUCGCCGCGACCAAUCACGCGUUGACAGGAAGGUGCUGACGUCGCUCAUCGCUGCACUGGGCUGGCACUACCCCGAUGCUGUGCUGCAAGCCAUGCGACUCAUGAUGUCGCAACCCUCCACGUGGCCUGACCUCCCAGCCUACAGAGCAGCAGCAGUGGCGCUAGGAAGGGCGGGGUAUUUACAGGAGCUGCUGCAGGUGGGCGGAGAGAGGAUGGGCAUGGGGAAUGUUGAUUCCACAGAGCAGCUGAUGCAGGAUCUCAGGGAGGGCCCCACCCGCACCAACCGCACUGCACCACUUGAAACAGAUGGCAGAGGCGCUGGCACUGGCGCUGGCGCUGGUGCUGCCAGUGAGGCUAGCAGCACAAGCAGCAGCGGCUCCAAGUCGGGUGCAGCAGGGAGCAGCUGGCUGGCGCCAGACGUGGUGGUGUACAACGCUGUGAGUGCUGCUGCCCCUCGUGAAUCCCAUCCACUGCCCCUGCUAGGUCCUGAAUGCGUGUGGAGCGAAGAGGCAGUGGAAGGGCGUGCAGUGGGUGCUGCAGCAGAUGCGCUGCGCAGUGAGGGGGUCCUGAAUGCGUGUGGCGCCAAGCGGCAGUGGAAGGGCGUGCAGUGGGUGCUGCAGCAGAUGCGCGGCGAGGGGGUCGCUCCUGAUGCAGCCACGUUUGGGCUGGCCAUCCAAGCCCUGUCGCUGUGCAAUCAGACGCACCUGGCACUGCAGAGGCUCGCUGAUAUGGAGGCUGCUGGCUUCCCUCCCACCGUCCAAACCUACCGAGACCUGGUGCGAGUGCUGGCGGCCGCAGGGAGGGUGGAGGAGGCAGAGGCGGCAGUGAGGGAGAUGCAGGAGCGAGGGAUGGAGGGCAACGCAGGGGUGUUCCACGCCCUCGCCUGUGCUCUCUGCUCCGCUGGGCGGUGGCAGGAUGCUGUUGCUCUGGUGGAAAAGAUUUCUCGGGCAGAGGAUGCGCAGCCGGCAGUGGUGACGUGGACAGGCCUGAUUCGUGCAUGCGAGCGAAGCAACCGAUUGGCCGACGCGGCCCAGGUGUUUCUCAAGAUGCAGAAGCAGGGGUGCACACCCAACAUCACCACGUGCAACAUCAUGAUCACCGUUUUUGCCCGCACGGGCAGGUUUGCUGCUGUGGAGGAAAUUUACGCAGCUGCCCGGUCGGGUGGCAAGCCGAUAAUCACGGGCAGGAAGAGGUGGAUGAGCAAAGGGGAGAGGCAGGAGGCUAGGAUGCAGCGGUUGGUGGCUAAUAACAGGAGCAGGAGGAGGCUGAUACGAGCAGGGAAAUUGGAGAGAGGAGGAAAGGUGGGCGAGGUAGCAUAUGCGGUUGGGGUUGGGGAAGCAGGGGAAGAGGAAAGAGAGGGGAGAACACGAGAGGAGGAAGAAGAGGAAGAGGAGGUGGAGGAGGAGGGCGAAGUGGAGGCCGUUGGGGAGGUGAUGACAAGCGUUGGGGAGAUCAGCAAGGGUGGGGAGAAUGAGGAGCAAAACAGGGAGGAGAGCGGGAAAGAGGAGAGGGACGAGGGCAACGAGGUUGAGAAGGUGUGGUUCGGGAGGAGGCGGGAGGAUCCUCCACUGGUGCCCAAUGGCCACACGUUCGUAGCCAUGCUGGGAGCGUGCGUGCGGUGCCGGCAGUGGCAGGCCGUGAGGCAGGUAGCAAGAGACAUGCAGCGGGCGGGGUGGCCCCUGCAGGUGCGGCAGCACGGGUGGGUGGUGGACGCGCUUCUCAAGGGCAAACAGGCAGUCAUUGCUGACGAGCUGCUGCUUGCCAUGCGCGGUGGGUCGCAGUCACAUGUGGACCCACACCUCGAUAGGGUGACAGCUGAGGGGGCUUCUGGGCUUGCUAACAACCAGCAGGACCCCGGUUGUGCAAUGAGUGAGGAUUCAGGAGGUGUGGGCAGGGAGGGGAGUCAACGCAUGGUUGAGAGUGUGGGUGGGGAUGAGAGUCCUUCUGGGGCAGUGGCAUCGGUGAGCGGCGGUCUGACGGGGGCAGGGGUGGAGGAGACUGUGGGAGUGAUGGACGCCUGGGGGAGGGCUGUGGAGGGGAGAGGUUUGGAGGGGAUGGGUUUGGAAGGCGGGAUGAUAAACGGGGAGGUGGUAAGUGGAGGAGGCAGAUCUGGGAUUGCCGCAGGUGCUGAUUCAGCAGUUGUGGAGUCAGGGUUUUCUGAGUCAUCAGGCGUUGAAUCAGCCAGGUUACAGGGAGAGCCAACAGAGAGGGAUUCUGUUGGUGCUGCUGCUGCUGUUGCAAGUGGUGUUGCUAAUGCUGCUGGUGCUAGUGGUGAUGCUGGUGCUUCUGGUGGUGCUGCAUCUCCUGCUUCCCUUGAAGCCUACCCUGCAUCCUCUCCUGCGGUGGACCCUGGUGUGCUGGCCGACCUUGUAAGGGGGCUGCUUAUAGGGGGGAAGACGGAGGAGGUUCGAGUGGCGUUGCGAUUGGUCGACCGGAUGGAGAAGGAAGGGUGGGUGGCAGACGCCGGCAUAUACACCAGCCUGCUGCACCGGACCGUCAGGCUGGGGAUGGGAGCUGAGGCUCGGGAGGUGCUGGCUCGGGCCGAGGCAGCAGGUGUGAAGGUUGAGUACGAUGAGCUGGAAUUGAGUGACUCUGUAGGGGGUACGGCUAGGGAGGGGGGAGAGAGAGUGGGAAGAGGAUGGCAAAGAGGGGAGGGAGAUCGGGUGGACGAGCCAUCUGCUUGGGACAUUUUGAAAGCGCCCUGCUCCCUGUGUGGAGAGCCCAUGGAGCGGCGGCUACUGCCAGAGCACGAGUCGUCAGCAUGCCCCCUGCGCUCCCUGAUAUGCCCCUACUGUGACCUCCCUGUCACCGCCAUGGACCUCCAAUCUCACGCUGACGUGUGUGGCAGCCGUACAGACCCGUGUGACAUCUGCAGCAAGUACGUGCGAAAGAGAGAGCAAGCAGACCACCAGCAGCAGCACCUCUUGCAACCAUCACUCCAUGCUGCCACUCCCAGAACCAGCAGAGAUGCUGCCGGCACUGGUUCAUCUCACCGCACUCGAGAGGCUCGCAAUGUUCCGAAUGGUGGUGGUGCUAGUGGUGAUAGUGGUGGUGGUGGGGGGGGGUCUGGGGGGAUAGGAAGCAGGUACAGUAAAUUUCUUUCGUCUCUCAAUCUUGUUCUUUCUCCCCUCUCUCUCCGCCAAUCAACGGUCCCCAGGGUGCUCGAAAAGCUGCAGUCGUUUGGUGUGGCUGGCGUCCUCUCUUAUGGCCUCUUCAAUACAGUCUACUACAUUUUCGCCUUCCUCUUCGUAUUUCUCUACUCUCUGCGUGGCCCCAUCCCCUCGAGGCUUGGGCUUCGCAGCAGCAGCAAAGAAGUGAGUGCCUUGCCUAGCAGCCGAACAACAGGGCUGGGAAUAAUCGAGGGCGUGCAAGGGUGUAACGACGACUAUGGUGGGGAGAGAGCAAGGGAUUGUCUAGACGAUGACGAGCAGUCACAGUGCGGGGUAGCGAGUGUGUGGGUUAACGUGUGCGAGUGGGGAUUUCUCAAGGUCUUUGCAGUGGCGUGGGCGGGCAAUCAAGUCACCAAACUCAUCCUGGUUUGGGCGGGCAGUCAGGUCACCAAGCUCGUGCGAGCAGGCGGAGCACUGAUGUUAGCGCCCUUGAUGGAAAGAGCCAUCACUGCACUUUCCUCAUCGAAGGGUGUGUUCAAGUCCCGAGCCCAGGCAGUGGCAGCCAUAGUUACCUUCUGCUUUGGCCUUGCUGGGAUGCUCUUUCUUGCGGUCACUGCACUGUGGGCAUGA